GUUGCACAGCCGACUGCUUAUGCUGCCGAGGUUAGCCGAGUAUUGAGCUACCAGCUGACCUACUUUCUCUCAGCCACUCGGUCCUGUUUACAAGCCCCUGCCAGCGGAGGAUGUGGAGUACAGUGCGUGGAAAACAGACGAACACAGCCCGCGACUGGCGAAUAUAGCACGGAUUGGGGCAUUUUGGUCGUGUGUCGGUGAUAAAUUAGGACUGCCAGAGUCGCAGACGGCGCACCGGCGAUUAAUAAGAGCACGUUAUUAACUUAAGGCGUUGUUAUGCAAUGUAACGCUUUCAGCGGCUGGUCAGUCGGACGCUGGUAGUUGCGCUCAGCUGCUACGCUGUAGUUGUUGUUUUUUGUAUAUAAAAACAUGACUACAUUGAUUGGAGUUCAGUGUGGAUCUUUAUUUCUGCUGGAGUCUCGUUGUCAAGGAUUUGGCGUUUCGUUGGAGGAUUCGAGGAGGCGGCGGGCAGCUGGUCCGCGAUAGAUUUUUCCAAAAGAGUGUUCGAACGAGGUCAGCGCGGAUGGGACUUAUAAGACUUCAGAAAGGGCCUGGUUGGGAAAGGGAGUGAGUAUGGACAACCUUUCUGACUUCGGUGGCCCCUGUCCAUCCACCCACAGGGAAUGGGACACCAACAGCUGUGUGGACGACUUAAUGGAUGAAGAUGAGAAAGACAGGGCAAAAAGGGCAUCGCGUAACAAAUCUGAAAAGAAGAGAAGAGACCAGUUCAAUGUGCUCAUCAAGGAGCUAUGCACCAUGCUGCAGGGUCAAGGCCAUCCGCGCAAGAUGGACAAAUCCACCAUACUGCAGAGAACUAUUGACUUCUUGCAGAAACAGAAAGACAUCACUGCACAGAAUGAAACUUGUGAUGUGAGACAAGACUGGAAGCCUUCGUUCCUCAGUAAUGAGGAGUUCACUCAGCUAAUGCUGGAGGCCCUAGAUGGUUUCUUGGUGGCAUUAACUACAGAUGGCAACAUCAUAUACGUAUCUGACAGCGUUUCUUCACUUAUUGGCCAUUUACCGUCAGAUAUGGUGGACCAAAAUAUCUUGAAUUUCCUCCCGGAGCGGGAACACGGGGAGGUGUAUAAGCUGCUAUCAUCCCACAUGCUGAUGACUGACCCCAUUGCUUCUGACUUCCUUGACAGUGAGGCACACAUUGAAUUUUGCUGUCAUCUAGCCAGAGGUAACAUUGACCCAAAGGAGCCGCCUGUAUACGAGUAUGUCAAGUUUGUUGGAGAUUUCAAGUUUCAUAACAAUGUGCCUACAUCUUCUUGUAACGGGCUUGAGUUGACGUUACCAAGAAGCCUGCAGUCAUCGCUGGAGGAGCAGGUCUGCCUCAUUGCUACUGUACGAUUAGUCACUCCACAGUUUCUAAAGGAUUUGUGUAAUGUGGAAGAUCCUUGCGAGGAAUUCACAUCCAGACACAGCCUUGAAUGGAAGUUCCUGUUUUUAGAUCACAGAGCUUCGCCAAUCAUCGGCUACUUACCCUUUGAGGUUCUUGGAACUUCUGGCUAUGAUUACUAUCAUGUGGAUGACUUGGAGCUUAUAGCACAGUGUCAUAAGCAAUUAAUGCAGUUUGGAAAGGGUAAAUCCUGCUACUAUCGCUUCCUGACCAAAGGUCAGCAGUGGAUUUGGUUGCAGACUCACUACUACAUCACCUACCACCAGUGGAACUCCAAACCUGAGUUCAUUGUCUGCACUCACACAGUUGUCAGUUAUGCUGAGGUGCGAGCUGAAAGGAGGAGAGCGUUUGGCUUUGAAGAGCUGUCUCCUCCUGAGAUAGCUCCCUCUUCAGUGAAGGCUCAGGAGCUGUACUUGGACAUCUGCUCCACACUGGAUCCUCCACGGGACAGAAACAGCGGUGCACGUUCGGUAUCCUCCCACAGCUCCCGGAAGUCCUCCCACACAGCACUGUCGGACUCUGCAUCAGCUAACUCCUACACAGAGGCCUGCACACCGUCAUGGCAGUCUGCUUCCAUUGGGACAGAGAAGACAUCUGCCAGACUCCAACCUAGUAGUUCAAAGAAUUUGGCACAAAGACAAAAUUCCUUUGACCUCGUUCCCCAAAUGAGCCUUCCCCUUUCUCCUACCUGCAGCAAGCACUCCGCAAUGCAGCAGCAAACGCAGCAGCAGCAGUCCAUGUAUCAGCUGCAGCAGCCUCAGCUCUGUGUAAUGAACCAGCUGAAGGAGCAGCUGGAGGAGAGGACGCGCAUUCUGCAAGCUGACAUUAAGACGCAGCAGCAGGAGCUGCACGACAUUAAGGAGAAGCUUCACCUCGCUAAUCUCCAGAUGUUGUUACAGCAGCCUACCCACAAUGACUUUGGCCAGGCCCAGCAGCAGCCCCAGCAGCCCCAGCAGCAGCAGCAGAGCUCGGGAAGGCCGGCCCAGCAGAGCCAGUCAGGGGUGAUCAGGCAGCUCUCGAGCCACCCAAAACCACCGUCCUGCGGGGCCCACAGUUCAUCCCCUCACUCACUCCUGAGAGAGAGCAGCUCACCCUCAUCACAGGUCCAGCAGAGGAUUGCGCGGAGCGGGCAGGCGCAGUCAGCAGUGAGCGUGCCCGUGCAGACGAACACGAGUCUGACGAUGCCCUUCUACAGCAACCCUAUGAUGUUCUCCCAGACCAACACGAGGUCUCUGCAGGAUGCAAACCAAAGACACACAGACAGCGAGUUCAGCCAAGAUGGACAACUACGCAUGCUCCUUAACCAGCCAAUGCAGACGCUGGUUCCCACUAGCGGUGUCACCUCGCAGCCUUCCCAGUGUAACAUGGGCAUCUCCCAAACCAUAUACACGUUGGAGCAGCAGAUCAUCGCCCCUUCGUUCUCCAUGCAACAGGUCAACUGCAACGCCGUCCUCGUGCCCUCCCCAGUCUUCACGUCCCCCAUCAUGAUCCCGCACAACAGUUUCAUCACAAACCAGUCCCAGUCAGCCUACCACUCUCAGCCUCAGGCUUCUCAGCACUCCUUGCAGCUACAGCAGCCCCAGCAGUUCUUUCAGAUGACUCAAGGACUUGUCCAUGGUGGAUCUACUCCAACAUUCUUACACACCGCUAACGUCCCACAGCAAAGCACCGUGGGAUACAUCCAGCAGCAGCCGCAAACACAGCAAGUGCAGCAAGCUCAGCAGCAACAGGCGCAACAGCAACAAAGGCAAUACCAAUGUUCCCAAAACCAGACUGGCAGUGUUUCAGACUUCCGGAAUAUGCUGACUCGGUAGCGCUUUGGACCGUGUGACAGCGCUGACAUCACCCACUGUGUCGUCGCCGUGUAGGCGGCAGCACGUUGUGGCAUUUGGAAGUCAAACUUGACGUCAAGUUCUGCAGUGGAAAUGCUCGAGUGGAGAAUCGCUUCUAGUGACCUUACUUUUGAUGCGAAGGUGCCCAUUCAGAAGAAGCCGGUGCGUACGUCACCGGAGUGAAAACCACUGCACUGGGCCGCAGGAUCUGAGGAGAGUCUGAGGUGCUGGACCUU